GCUAGAUAACGCGUCGGGCUAGAUCAUUGCGAUGACAUCAAUGGCUAUUUUGAAAUAUGUCAAAAGUGUCAAAACGUAUCACCGAAUUUUCAAUACAAAAUAUUUUGAGGAAAAACAUAAACAAAAUAAUAUUGUCACGACACUUGAAUAACUUAAAGCUAACAAUUAUUUAUUAAAACGUUGAAAUGUGAAUUAAUGCAGAAACCCUAAAAGGAAAAUGAUUUCUCUGAGCCAAAAAAGUCGACAAUGUCUCAUAGACGACAUAAAGAACUUGGAGACUAAAUUAGUGCAGCUACAGGAUCGGUUCGAUCUGAUUGUAAAUUGGAUUCGGUCAGAAUAUUGCGACCUCAGUGGCUUGCCAGAUUAUGUGAUAAUCGCAGUGAGUGGUGACGGUGAUCGAAAAUCGUCCGAUAACGACGUAUUUAGGAAAAAUGACCUUAUUAAGGUGGAAUAUGACAACUUAGACGAUUCCUCUCAUCUUAGCGCUGAUGGUGAUAUUGACACCGAUAAUACGAGCAAGAAAUUGUUGGUCAAAGUCGAUGAGGAUAUUCUGAAAGACAUAGAGUCUGGGCCCGUAUCCAGGCUACGAAUUCAACUGGAAAAGCGGAACCUGGCUUGUCGAGACACAUCGAACAGUAGUUAUUGCAAAGCUCCGGCUGCUGUUCCCGAAGAUCCCACAUCAUUUCCCCUGCUGAUCGAGGGAGAUGUUGACUUGAAAUGGGAAAAUGAUCGGUUGAUUGAUAACAAUUCCGCCAAUGAAAACGAAACGGAAGGAGAUGUGUAUACUACGUUGCAUGAACCUUGUGAAGACUAUGAGGCGUCAAGCGGAAAGGUGAACGCAAAUUUGGGUAGCGUAAAAGCCAAACGCGUGAAAAAGACUGCGAAACAUGUUCAAGCCAACAAAGAGAAGGGAUUAAUUCUAGAUGCAAUUGAGUACAAAAAGAUGAUUGAGUCAUUGCCGAAAGAGCGUUUAACCUGUGUGGUAUGUAGCAAGACUUUUGCUACAUCGACACAGGUUCGACGGCACGAGGUUCAGGUUCAUUUAACUAAGGAGGAGCAAGGUAAAAUACGGAAUAGAAGCAGUUCGUUCAGUACGUUUAACGUGGUCCAAGCAAAAAACGAUGUGGCUGAAAUGUGUGACAUAUGCAACAAACCAUUUAAAAACAUCGAAUCUCACAAAAUGAACCAUUUGCCGACAGAAGUCAUGACUACAGUCGAAGGUAAAUGGCGCCCUCACUAUCGUUGCUUAAAGUGUGAUUCGCUGUUUUCGGAGAAGAAGAAAUAUUUGAAUCACGUGACGCAUGAAUGUAAAAACGAAAAGAUUCUUGAAAAUUCAAAUUAUGCUCAGCACGCUCAGAAGCUUCGAACAGAGAAGAAUUUUCUGUGUAACCAAUGCGGCCAGGCCUUCAAUAGAAAACAUACCCUUAAGAUACACGUAAUGGCCGUACAUGCAAAGCGAAAAGAUUUCAAGUGUAAAUUUUGCGGAAAAGGCUUUGCAAUCGAGUUCGUAAAAAAUAACCACGAAAAGAAACAUCUCGGCGCUCUAACCGUGACUUGUGAACUUUGUGGCUUCGCGUUCACGUGCAGACAGACCCUUCGGAAGCACAUCAAGGGCGUACACGAGAAUCGGCGACCAUACCAGUGUCCGCUGUGCGAUAAAAGUUUUAAAACCAACAAUGCACGAAAUUAUCAUGUCAACACACACGGCAAUCCGAACGGUAGAAAACGGGGAUUGAACGUAGAAAUUGAUCCCCUCAAAGCAGCUGCGAAACGUAGACACUGUAGCACCUGGAAAAAUAAUCGCGUGCCGAAGGUUACGACUGUUACGGCCACAGAAAACAACAAUACUUCAUCUGAUGGAGCAUGUACGAAAGAAUCGGAUGAGAAAUCAAUAAAUUUAAUCGAUGAAAAUUAUGGCGACGGAACUGCUUUACCACGUUCACUGGGUUUCUUCAUCGGAACGAUCGGCUCGUCAUCGUCUGGACUGUUUGGAUCUUGCAAUGGUAUUUGUGGAUCUUCAGCUGGCGGUGGCGGCGGUGGUGGUGGUGGACUGCUUAUUCGUGGCGGUGUCGCAGUGAACGUGACCGUGGGAGGACUGGAAGGAUCCGAUCCAGUAACUUGUUCGAGGCAAGUUGUCAUUGUACCGGACAAAGCUUUGUCGGAUGUGUCGACGGAAUCUUUCGAUGGAAUAUUCCUUCCUGGUGGUCUAGUCGGAGCAAAGAAUAUGUGCGAAUCGAAGCCUCUUGGUGAACUUUUGAAGAAACUUGAAAGUGAAGGCAAAGUUAUUGCAGCGAUCUGUGCAGCUCCAACAGCUCUACUAGCUCACUCUAUUGGUUUGGGAAAAUCGAUCACAUCUUAUCCAUCUACUAAGGAUCAAUUAGCUGGGAGCUAUAAAUAUGUCGAUGAUCAAGUGAUUGUACAAGAUGGACAGUUGUUGACUAGUCGUGGUCCGGGUACUGCUAUGGUGUUCGGAUUGAAAUUGGCCGAAAUUCUGGUUGGCAUGGAAAAAUCUCAAGAAGUUGCCAAAGGCAUGCUACUGAAUGUCAGCAAAUCGUCAUUUUUAAAACAGUUUUUCUUGGCACUGUUGACCCUAUUGCUGACACUUGGCUACGUACAAUACGAAACCGAUUUCGAUCAAGCCAGACAGGUCAUGGAAACAAAAUUUUGUUUAUUAUUUUCUUGCUUUUCUCGAAUUUGUUCAAUUAAAAUGGUAAAUUUAUUGUGUCGAAUAUGUCUAAAGGGCAUAACAGAUGGACUGUCUUUUUGUGAUACACAUAAACAGUACACUCUUUCACUGGUUUAUGAAGAACUCACAAACAUCAAGCUUGAACUGAAUGUGGAAAACCUUCCAUCACGAGUAUGCCGCGAGUGUGCAGAUAGAAUUUAUUCCGCCUAUGAGACUCGUAAGCUCUGCAUUGAGUCGGAUGCCUUUCUUCGCAAACAACUGCAAACCGUGGAGCCAAAAUAUAGAGAUGUUGAGGAGGCAGUGGUUGAACGUCUGGAAAAGUGUGAAGAUGAUGUUAAGUGGGAUGACAUUGAACGUGACAUGCAUAGUGAUGAUUUGAGUUUGUUGGACAUUGAGUUAAGCGACGAUAAAAGUCCGUUUGCCGACGAGCACUUGAAAGGAGAAGAUACGCAAGAUGAGCAUAAAACUACGAAUGGUGAUGUCACUUCCAGUACUCCCAAUCUAAAUCCGAGCAGAAAGUGUCCAACUUGUCACAAAUCAUUUCGAUGUGAGGCGACACUUAACAAGCACAUCUGCUCGCAUAACAAAGUGUCCAAUUGUCCUUUAUGUACGAAGACCUUCUCAACCUCAAGCAACCUCAAGCGUCAUAUUGCUACACACAGUGAUCAAGUAGAGCUCAAUUGCGACAAAUGUGAUAGCAUUUUCACGGAAACGACGGAACUAUUCGAACACCUAAAAAUUCAUCGAUUCGAUAAUGCGGAAAAAAGUGACGAGUUUCUGUUGGAAUGUGAAAUAUGUAAUGAGAAAACGGCAUCUUAUGCAUCCUACAACAAACAUAUGAAAACGAAGCACAACAUCGAAUCUAAAGUUAAGGCAUUCAAGUGCCGCAUAUGUGAGAUGCGUUUUGCAUCGAAGCAGGGCAUGUACCGACAUAUUGACAAUAUACAUGAAAAUAACAGACAGAAUUUGAGGAAUCGCGACAAAAAUUUCCUAUGCACAGAAUGUGGAAAGGGUUUCUUCACAAAUUUUCACUUAACAACACACUCCCGGUCACAUAACGGCCAGAAGCCGUAUAGUUGUAAAUAUUGCGACAAGUCCUUUUCACAAUCGUCCGGCCUUAAAAUUCACACUUUCAUCCACAUGAAUAUUCGCCCGUUUUCCUGUAAAGUUUGUCAUAAAACGUUUACACAGUACGGUCAUGUUAGGGAGCAUUUAUUGACGCAUACCGAGCAGAAGCCAUACAGUUGUACAAUUUGCAAUCAUUCAUUUCGCGUCAAAGGUAAUCUUAAGGCUCACAUGCUUAUACAUUUAGGAAAGAAACCGCAUGUUUGCGAACAUUGCGGUAAUCGAUUUAAUCAAAGUACUCAUUUACGGCAGCAUAUUAUUAAAAAACAUAAAAUCAACAGUUGA